UAAUGUUUAGGUCAAGUUCUGUUUAAUAAUAGUUGUGCACCUGUAACAUACAUCAUGUAAUGUACACCUGAAUGUUUUGAUGUACUACACAACAGGUGCCCCCUGACUUUGAACUGCAGUAUAACAUUUCACAAUGUACACUUUUCUCAGUAAUACUAAGAUGUGUUCAGCAUACUAAGUGAAGGGAUUGACAAAAGAAACUGCAAUAGAAUAUUGUUGUUUGGUGUGUUUCUGUUUCGAUAAAUAUUUUUUCCUAUUUUUAACAAGAUUUGAGGGAUGUCCUCCCCAAUAUCCAGUCUAAAUAGUUUAUUCUCCUUCACAAGUCCUGCUGUAAAAAGACUAUUAGGAUGGAAACAAGGAGAUGAAGAAGAAAAAUGGGCAGAAAAAGCUGUCGACUCUCUUGUAAAAAAACUCAAGAAAAAGAAAGGGGCUCUAGAGGAUCUAGAAAAAGCUUUAAGCUGCCCUGGACAAUCAAGUAAAUGUGUGACUAUUCCACGUUCUCUAGAUGGUAGACUCCAAGUAUCUCACAGAAAAGGACUGCCACAUGUUAUAUACUGCCGUGUAUGGCGAUGGCCUGAUCUACAGAGCCAUCACGAACUCAAGCCGUUAGAAUGUUGUGAUUUUCCAUUUAGUGCUAAACAGAAGGAAGUGUGUAUUAAUCCUUACCAUUAUAAACGUGUAGAAAGUCCAGUGCUACCCCCAGUGUUAGUCCCAAGGUAUAGCGAGUACCCAUCCGGUCCAGGACAGUCAUCCUUACCACCUUUCCAACAGUCACCAGAACCUUCUAUGCCACAGAACGUCAGCUUUGAUCCAAAUGGCUUCCACCAACAGUCACAACAGGGACCACAUUCACCUGCUAGUUCUGGACCAGGCAGUCCAUAUGGUUUACCAGCUGGCACGCCUCCACCUGCUUAUCAACCACACGAUGACAACUCGCAUAAUCCACAUAGUCAACAAACAGUUAACUUACAACAUGGUACCCGACGACCACCACCUACUCCAAUGGAUACCAUGCCAUCAGGAGUUGACUUACAGCCUGUGACAUACCAGGAACCCCAGUACUGGUGCUCUAUAGUAUACUAUGAACUGAACAACAGAGUAGGAGAGGCGUUCCAUGCUUCACAGACCAGUAUUGUAGUGGAUGGAUUCACUGACCCAUCAAAUAAUGCAGACAGAUUCUGUCUAGGUCUUUUGUCUAAUGUCAACAGAAAUUCAACUAUAGAAAAUACUAGACGUCAUAUAAGUAAAGGUGUUCAUCUUUACUAUGUUGGCGGUGAGGUUUUUGCCGAAUGUUUAAGUGACAGCAGCAUAUUUGUACAGAGCCGUAACUGUAACUAUCAUCACGGUUUUCAUCCUACGACCGUGUGUAAAAUUCCACCGGGAUGUAGUCUGAAAAUCUUCAACAACCAAGAAUUUGCAGCACUUCUAAGUCAGUCAGUUAACCAUGGUUUUGAAGCUGUAUAUGAACUUACUAAAAUGUGUACUAUUCGUAUGAGCUUCGUCAAAGGAUGGGGCGCUGAGUAUCACCGACAGGAUGUUACUAGUACUCCAUGUUGGAUUGAAAUUCAUUUAAAUGGACCGUUACAAUGGUUAGAUAAGGUCCUUACACAAAUGGGCUCACCACAUAAUCCAAUCUCAUCUGUAUCAUAAUAAAAGUCACGUGACUAGCAAUCUCAUUCAAGUGCAAAGGUCAUAAUAGGGUAGUAGAAAUUGAAUUAUUGUAUUAAUUGAAAUGUUAAGAAAUUGGUCAAAUUUUUGUGUAAAAAAACUUAUAUGAUUCCAGACCAUUUUAAUAUGUGAAGGAUGUUUAAUUAAACCUAAAUUUUGAAUUGAAAAUAAACCAUGCAGUUUGAUGUAACCAAAAUAUUUGUAUAUUUUUACAACCAUAAACACUAGUGUGUUAACCAGUUUUAAUACGAACUGUCAUCAAUGCAAAUUCUAUUUAAACCUACCUGUAAUUCAGUCUUGCUAGGAGAUGACAUUGCUUUGACAGAUGAAAAAGCUUUGAUAAAGGUGACAUUUCAACACAUGAUCAUCACUGAUUAAUUAAUCGUUUCAGAAUCUAAUGCAUUCUGGGUAAUAUUUUCAAAAGUGUACACCGAAACGUCGUGAUUGGUUGAAAACGUCCUAAACAAUGGAAAUUCGACCAAUGUAGUGACAUUAUUUUCAUUUUUGGGGUAUGAAUAAUAAAAUACCCAUAGUCCUUUAGAUUCUGAAAUGGCCGAUUCUAAAACAUGACCGCAUGCAAGAAAAUUGGUUCACACAUUUAGAGUUUAUGCAUGUUUUGAAUAACUUUAGAAAAAGGUCAUUAAGAAACCCAGAGAACUUACAUCAAUUGUUCUACUUACAUAAAUUUUAACAAUUUACUUCAAAUAUAUGAAUUAAAUUAUAUAAAAACUUCUUU